CGCGACAAUCAAUUUAAAUCGAACAACGAAUUCAGGGUUUCGAACUAUUGGCUGGGUUGUCCAAUUUUAGUUUGUGACGUCAUGCGCAAAACAGUUCAUUCUUUAUCCCCUCCGUAUAUCUAUCCAGCUGUCUGUGGUUUGGCAGUCCGGUGAACGAAUUUCACAGGGUGAUCGUUACGUAGGGUUUAUGCUGGUGGCCUUUUCCACGAGCGACGGUGAAAAUUCAAGGUGUCAAAAUAUCGAUAGACGAUCGAGUGCCAAUCGAAAACCUGUUGGGCAGAACUAAUUUUGAACAACCUAUAACGGUAUUGUACAGAUAGGGUGGCCUUCGGACUGACAAAAGGCAAAGACGUACGCAGCAGAAACAACUGGCGUUCUCGUAUAUGUGACGAGGUCGUCGAAGCUAACCGUUGUGUCGGAGCUGUGAUUACUUUUAUUGAAGUAUAGCAUUAACGUAAGGUGUGGACGACAUCGUAAACGUUCUAGAACUAUCCGUAUCAACGAUUUGGGAGCGACAAGCCCAUUCGUGAGGGAUGUCUACCCCCGCAAGAAGGAGACUAAUGAGAGAUUUUAAGAGAUUACAGGAAGACCCACCCACUGGAGUAUCAGGAGCACCAACAGACAAUAAUAUUUUGAUAUGGAAUGCAGUUAUAUUCGGACCACAUGACACUCCAUUCGAAGAUGGUACCUUCAAACUUACAAUAGAAUUUACAGAAGAAUAUCCAAAUAAACCACCUACAGUGAGAUUUGUUAGUAAGAUGUUUCACCCUAAUGUGUAUGCUGAUGGAGGCAUUUGUCUUGACAUACUACAGAAUCGUUGGAGCCCUACUUACGAUGUCUCUGCUAUUCUAACAUCCAUACAGUCCCUUUUGGAUGAACCAAAUCCAAACUCUCCAGCCAAUUCUUUAGCGGCACAAUUAUAUCAAGAAAAUAAACGAGAAUAUGAGAAGAGAGUAGCUACUGUUGUUGAACAGUCUUGGUUGAACUUUCAAGAAAGUUACACAGAAGAUCCCCGCUGACAUUAAGUAUGAUUCAUUCAAUAAUUUCAUACGAUUCCUUUGGGUACAGUUUCCGGUAUCGUUUCUAUAAAUUUGGCGUGAAAUACUUUCUCCCGUGCCGUAAAAGCUAUACAUCAAAUCCUCCAUUGUUCUACAAAAAAUCACUUCUAUACUAACUAGCCAUUGAUGCUAAUUUAAUUACUUAUAAAUAAAAAAGAUUUAUUUUCUUUCGAAUGUGUUUCAGAUACGUAAAAAUGUAGAGCACUGGAGUGAUGCGAAAUCGCACUGUGAACUUACAUAUGUGAUCAUUACCUAUAAGUAUAUGUAAAAUGUGUAUGAUUUUGCUCAUUAUAAUUAGAAUUUAGGCGCAUACACAGCAAAAUUCAAAAAAUAAAAAAAUAUACGUAUAAAUUCCUCUUUGCAACAUUAAUUUACAUUAUAACUAACAGCUGUAUUUAAAUGUAAGAGGGCCUUUACGAAAUAAUUUUUAAACCGUUAAAAACUCAAAUAUUAACGAAACACCGCCUACUUAUAAUUCUACGAAAACAGAUCGAAAAAUAGUUUGCUUUUUCUUGAACACAGAAGGUAAAUACGUCAGUGUAUAAAUAAUAUAAUACAUACAAUUAAAUACAGUAAUUAACUUUGUGAAAGGAUAACUAUUAAAUAUUUGUAACUUGCUAAUAAAGCUGAAACCACAGUA